CACGUGCUCACUCGCCCUGUCUGUCGGAGCCGGGAGAAGCCCUCGGUUUUGCCAUCGGAGCUUGGGGGGGAAAAAAAAAUAAAAGGAAUAAAAGGAAAAUGGGAACCAGAGACGACGAGUAUGAUUAUUUAUUCAAAGUGGUGCUGAUCGGUGACUCUGGGGUGGGAAAGAGUAACCUGCUUUCCCGAUUCACACGCAACGAGUUCAACCUGGAGAGCAAGAGCACCAUCGGGGUGGAGUUCGCCACCCGCAGCAUCCAGGUGGACGGCAAGACGAUAAAGGCUCAGAUCUGGGACACAGCCGGGCAGGAGCGCUACCGAGCCAUCACGUCGGCGUACUACCGGGGUGCGGUGGGUGCUCUGCUGGUCUAUGACAUCGCCAAGCACCUGACCUACGAGAACGUGGAGCGCUGGUUGAAGGAGCUGCGGGACCACGCUGACAACAACAUCGUCAUCAUGCUGGUGGGCAACAAGAGCGACCUGCGGCACCUGAGGGCUGUGCCCACCGACGAGGCCCGUGCCUUUGCAGAAAAGAAUACUUUAUCAUUUAUUGAAACCUCUGCCCUGGACUCGACCAAUGUGGAGGAGGCAUUCAAAAAUAUCCUGACAGAGAUUUACCGGAUUGUAUCGCAGAAGCAGAUCACUGACCGAUCGGUGCAUGACGAGUCUCCUGGCAACAACGUGGUGGACAUCAGCGUUCCGCCCACCACAGAUGGCCAGAGACCCAACAAACUGCAAUGCUGCCAAAACCUGUGACCCCCCCACCCCCACCCCACCCCACCCCACCCCACCCCACCCCCCCCCCUCUGCUUUGUGUUGUUUGUGCUGCUGUCCCGUAUUCCCUGUGAUUUCCCUGGAAUUCUUUCCCUGUCUCUGAAGCUGUAAUCUUUCAGCUGACAUUCCUUUCUGAUGUUUCUUUUGUUUUCAGUCCUUUUUAUUUUAUUUUUUGGCCUAUGAAUUUUCCUCUUUAAUGUGACCCUGUUUUUCAGCACUGAGAAAUUCAGCACUGAUCAUGUGACCCACUCCUUCUGGAGCUGGCGAGAGAUCAGUCAGUACGAUGUGCCUGUCUCUGGGGCAGUUCCUAGUUUGCCUAUGCCAGGGUUUCCCAAUCCUGGUCCUGGGGGACCUCUGUGUCUGCUGGUUUUCAUUUCAACUGAGUUUUCAAUUAGUUGA